UAUGGAUUAAGCCAAUAAGUUGUAAUAUUAACAAUAGGUUGAAAAGUAUCUUGAAAGAAACAAAGUUUAUCAUAUCUUUGAAGAUUUACUAAAAGCAUUGAUCAUUAAAAAACCUGAAGAUCCAAUUCAAUUUCUAAUCAAUAAAUUAUAAGAACCUUAAAGUAUAUAUGAUACCUGAAAUCAAGCCAAAAAAAUAUUUGUGGUUGGUCCUCCUGGAUCAAAAUUGAGAGAAUUAUCACUUACAUUAGCAGAUUAUUUGAAUUUUCAUAUUGUCUCUAUUGGAGAUUUAAUUGAAAAGGAGCUAAGUAAAAAGUCUGAAUUGGUAUUCAUCUCUUAAUAUAUCUAUAUUAGAGUUAAUAAAUCUAAGAAUCUUUAGACAAAUUCUAAUAUGUGAGUGAUGACAUUGUAAUCAAUAUAGCACUUAAUUAAAUAAAUCAUUUAGAAAAUGAAAAGAAAAGUUAUAUUUUUGAAGGAUUCCCUAAAACAAGAGUUUAAGGAUUAGCACUUCAAAAAGAAGGUAUAAUACCUGAUGCAUUUCUUAUUUUGGAAAUGUCAUAAGAAAAGAUUUAUCAAUGUUGUCUUAAGAAAUUAGACACAGAACCUUUUAAUAAACUAAACAAUAAAGAAGAUUUAGUAAAAUCACAUUCUUUGGAAUACUAAUUGAAUUUGAAAUAAGUAAAAGAAAUUUAUAAGAAUUAAUAUUUUUCAGUAGAUGGAGAAAAGAACUAUGAAUUAGAAGAUAUGGCAGUAUUAAAAUUAAAGUAUUUAGUAAUUAUUAAAAUAUAAACUCUAUGAUAAUGCCCCUAAAAGAGCUCUUAGAAUAGUUGUUAUAGGACCUCCUGGAUCUGGAAGAUCUACAUUAGCUAAGAAAUUAUCUAGUAAAUAUGGAUUUGUAUAUAUUUCAACAAGAGAAUUGAUUUCAAAUUUAGUCAAUUAGAAGGGUACAACAGGAAAAGAAGCAUUUGAAAAAAUGAAUAAAGGAGAGCUUGUAGAAGAUAGAAUUAUUAAUGCUCUAAUAAAAGAGAGAAUUAAUUAAACUGAUUGUUAAUUGUAAGGGUAUGUUCUAGAUGGAUAUCCUAAAACAGAAAAUCAAUUAGAAUCUUUAAAUGAAAUGAAUAUAUAACCAACUUUAAUGGUAAUUAUUGAUGCAGCUGAUGAUAUAAUUACAAGAAGACUUGUUUAAAGAAGAACUGAUCCAAUGACAGGUAUAAUUUAUAAUUCAAUUGAUGAUGCUGAAAAAGAAGUAAGACCUAGAUUGAUAAUAGCACCAAAUGAAAAAAGAGAAGUUGUUUAAUUGAGGUUAUUAUUUUAUAUUAUUAUAUUUAGAUUGAAAAGAUGGGAUGAUUUGAAAUAAUUGAUAGAUGGUACACCUAAAUAUGCUUCAAUAAUUUAUAAAGUCUCAGGAGAGAAUUCUUUAGAUAAUAUGAUAGAAUCAGUAUGUUAUCAUUUAGAGAAAAUGAAUUGA